AUGACCGUUUCCAGUGCUAGCAUUAUCAAUGAUUAUUUUGAAAGUAAACCUUUGACUCCAGAACAGGUCCAAAUCAUUACUGACUCGAUCCCCAUAUUAGAACAUCUUGAUGUCCAAUUAACUGAGAAAUUUUAUAAACGAUUAUUAAAACAAAACCCUGAUUUCAAACCAUUUUUCAAUGAAACUCAUCAAAAAUUAUUACGUCAACCACGAAUCUUAAUUCAUUGCUUGUUACAAUAUGCUAAAAACAUUCAAGAUUUGACUCCCAUGAUUGAUUUCAUUAAGAAAAUCGCUUCAAAACAUGUUGGAUUACAAGUUAAACCAGAGCAUUAUCCUAUUUUUGGACAAGUAUUAAUCAAUGUCAUUAUUGAUUUAUUCCCGAAACAAUUAGUACACGAUGAGUUUAUUGAGGCUUGGACUUUAGCAUAUCAAAAUUUAGCUAAUUUAUUAAUCAAAUUAGAAUCAGAACAAUACGUUGAAAAACCUUGGUAUGGAUUCAAACAAUUUAAAGUCACUAGAUUUCAUCGUGAAUGUUCCGAUGUUAAAUCAUUAUAUAUCACUCCAGUAGAUGGAUUGCCUAUCCCUAAACCUAAAAGAGGUCAAUAUUUAUGUAUGAGAUGGUUAUUACCAGGAGAAAAAUAUGAAAAAUCUCGAGAAUAUUCAAUUUCCGAAUAUCCACGAAAUAAUGAAUAUCGAGUCACCGUUAGAUAUAUUCCUGGUGGGAAAGUUUCUAAUUAUAUUCAUAAUCAAUUGAAUGUUGGUGAUAUUGUUUAUGCUGCUCCACCAUGUGGUGAUUGUUGUUAUGAAUCAUCACUGAAGAAUUUAGUGUUUUUAGCUGGUGGGAAUGGGGUUACAGCAUUAUUACCCAUGAUUGAAGCAGGAUUGGCUGAAGGAAGACAAGUGAAAUUAUUAUAUUCUAAUCGAUCAACUGAUUCUCGUUCAUUUGGGAAAUUAUUUCAAAGUUAUAAAGUACAAUAUGGUGAACGAUUCCAAGUGGUGGAAUUUUUAUCUCGUGGUAGAACUAUUGAUCCUAUUGAUAAAUUUUAUAAACGAUCAUUAACUUUAGAAGAUUUGGAUUUUAUUGUUCCUGAAGAUGAUGUUUAUUUAAUUGGUCCUAGAACAUAUAUGAAAAUGAUUGAAGAUUAUUUGAAAGAAAGAAAUAUUACCGUCAAAUUAGAUUAUUUUGGACCUCGUGAGAUAUAA